GAAAGAUCAUGAGCAGAUGGAAAAGAAAAUGGAAUUACUGAUGGCACAGGCAUACUUAAAGUUUGCUUCCAAAGAAGUACAGAAAUUAAAGGAAAGAAUUGCAGAGAUGCAAGAUGAAAUGCAGAGAAAAGAGACCUCUUUCCAAAAGCAGAUGGCCAUUUACAAGAAAAAGGCUCAGGAGAACUGGCUCAGGGCUCAUACUGGGGAGAGGGCAGAAGCCAAACAAAUCAGUGAGACCAACUUCUUGAAUAGAAGGUGGCCAAUAAUGCAAAGUCAGAGGAUGCCACAGGAACCCAGGCUGUAAAACUCAAUGUUGGGUGUAUCUGGCAUGGACAUCCCUCCAUGGGGAGCAGACACAGGAGCCUGUGCAGUGUGCAUGAAGAACAGCAGCUUGAUGCCUCCUGAGGACCAGUACAAGGGAAA